CAUCAACGCAUGCUCCUAAUUGUUCAACCUGCAUCCACGGCCUUGUCCCAACAUUCGACUCAGGGGCACGCCCUUCUCGUCCUUCUUUCCAUUAAUUAUAUCUCUUUCUUGACAUUCAUUUUCUACACAGACUCACAUUUUUUAAUUCCUUCGAUUGAUUUCUACAAUCGUUCCCUUUUCGUUCCGCCGCCAUGGCUCCCAAGUUUAGGGACGGGGACGCCGUCGUGACUAUCAAUGGCAAGUGGGUUUCCAAUGCGCACACUUUGUUCGCCGCCCUUGCCUUCCUCGGUGCUCUCCUUGUUGGCCUUCAGCUACAUUAUCACAAAAUCGUGCAGAAUGAGUACUACGGCUAUCCCGAAGAAUGGUUUCCUUCCGUAUCCGCAACCAUUGGCGAUCGAUACCCAGAGCGCUCGGUUUUUCAAGUUUUCAUUGCUAUCACUUCUGGGCCGAGAUUUGCCCUUGUUUUCCUCUGGUAUAUCAUGACUGCGCGACCGAACUCCACCUUGCCAAAAAUUGUUGCUGGCACUGGCGUCUUUCGCACCUUGACAUGCGGCGGCUGGACUUAUGUGACCUCUACCGAUGACCAUGAUUGGCACGACAUCUUUAUGAUUUCCUAUCUCGUCGCCACCUUGCCGUGGACACUCGGGUGCCUAGCUCUGAGCCCUGCCAAUCGCCGGGCUGUGAAAUAUCGGAAAAUCUUCGCCGGUCUCUUUUUUGGCUCGUUGGUUCCAUUGAUUUAUUAUUUCAUCCAACAUAAAGUGCAUAAGGUUGCUGGAGCUUAUACCAAAUAUGCUUUCUUCGAGUGGGCUUUGAUUUUUUUUGAUGUCGGAUUCGAUGCCAUUACUGCCCUAGACUUCGAAGCCUUUGAGCUUGUCGUGAGGGAUGUGAAAGGAGUCAGUAGAGGACAGUUGAAAACAUCUGCAGACAAAGUAAUUGAAAAAGAGAAGGAUAAACCGAUCGGAUACACGUUUGGCUAUGGAUUCUCUUGGUCCGCUGCUUUUGAUACCGCAGCUGAUAUCUACAAUGGAUUUGUUUUCUGGUCUAACUUAACUUCCCUUGGGGUUCUUGUGUGGUAUUUCCCUCUUUGGUAUAUGGGCAUAUCUGGUUACGAAGUCGCUAUUCUCUGCACCACAUCACCUCUCAUCAUGGCAAUUCCAUCUGUCCGCUCCUUGGCAGUGCGCAAUGCUCAUAUCCUUCAUUUCUUGACACUCGUUGGCCCUCUGGCAUUCGUUGUCCAGAACCCUGCAUAUCGUCUUUUUGCUGUCGGCUUCAGCGUGUCCAUGGGCUGUCUGGCGUGGUCAGCCGCCUUCUAUAGUGCACGUGCUCAAGGUGUAAGAAUAGAGUCUGAAAUCGACCGCCACGCAGCCACCUUCUCUAGAGAAAGUUAUCAAGCCAUAAGACUAGACUCUCGAAUUGCCUCAUUUGCCAUUGGUCUUAUUGCUUCUAGCGUAGCCAAAUUUGCCUUUCAAACGAACAAUCCUAUUUGGCCGAUUAUGAAUGCAGAGAACGGUGGCUGGAACAAAUUCGGCCUUUUCAUCGCUGUACUGGCCGUGGUACGCUCCUCAAGAAGAUCGGGUUGUGUUAGCGGAGGCGAAUACUAUUCUCCACCUGGCAAGAAAGGAUCGGCCAUUCUUAAUGGCUUGGGUGUUGGGGGUGUCAUUUUUGGUAUGCAUUCACUCCUAUCAGAUUCUAGUACAAUGAUCAGUUGGGUCUGGGAGGGUUUCCCUAUACGUGGUCCCAUACAAGUUCCACAUGGUACAUUGACGAUUUUUGUCAUGAGCACGGGCUUAAUCUUUGGCUUCCAAUACCCGCGUUUGGCUGGAUCAUGGACAGCUUUCAGUAUUGGCUCACUUGGAGCUGCUGUCCUCACCUGUUACAGCCAUUGGUUUGGCUUCUACGGUGGCCUGGCUCUCGCAUUCUAUCUCAUGGCUGUUACUCCUGUCCUCUUCUCUUCUGCCGUUCAUCAUUCACCUGCGUCUACCUUUGGAGUAGCCUUUCUCGUAUGGGUGUUCAUGACUCUUUUCCAUGUGUGGGUCGUUGCAUACGCAUUCGUUCCUGGUGGACCUUUGGUACGGGAAAGAACCGAUUGGGUCAUGACGGUGCUCAUGCUGUGCGUGGGAGCCGGUGUCUUUUCUGCUGCAGUGACAAAUUCCUCUUCUUUGAAGAAGCAAGUUGUUGGCCCGAGCAGGCAUAGACAACGCGCAUACUACCUUUAUGCUCUUGGUCUUUUACAGCUUCUUACAGUAGCUGUUGCGUAUCUUCGAUUUCCAACGAAUGACUAUGUACCACACCACAAAGAUGACAAGGUGGUGACAGCUGGUAUCUGGACUGUUCACUUCGCCCUCGAUAAUGACAUGUGGUCUUCUGAGCAGCGCAUCAUCAACCUUCUGCGUGAGGCCGAACUUGAUGUCGUUGGUCUCUUGGAAUCUGACACUCAGCGUAUUAUCAUGGGUAACCGAGAUUCGACCAUGUUAAUUGCCGAAGAGCUCGGAAUGUAUGUCGACUAUGGGCCUGGUCCUAAUAAACACACUUGGGGCGCUGCUUUACUCUCCAAGUUCCCAAUUCUUAAUUCUACACAUCAUCUCCUACCAUCACCAGUCGGCGAACUGGCACCUGCUAUUCAUGCCACUCUUGACAUGUACGGUGAGAUGGUAGAUGUGGUUGUCUUUCACUCCGGGCAAGAGGAAGAUCCAGAGGACCGUCGAUUACAAACCGAAUAUCUCUCGAAAUUGAUGGGCUCCUCGCCGCGGCCGUUGAUUUUGCUUAGCUACCUUGUAACAAGGCCACUUGAGGGCAAUUACAACACAUAUGUCAGCGACUUGAGUGGCAUGAAAGACAUCGACUUUACAGAUUGGGAUCGAUGGUGUGAGUACAUUCUGUAUAAGAAACUCAAACGCACCGGUUAUGCAAGAAUAUCGAGGAGUACUAUCACAGAUACUGAACUCCAGGUGGGAAAGUUCGUCAUCGGCCAGCCAGAAGGUGAGAAUGAGAUGCGUGUACCAGAGGAGAUGGUACCUGAAGGUCUUCGUUUCCCUGCUUUAUUCCGUGGAGAAGGGGUUCGCGGCCAUCAGUACCAUGUGUUUGAAGAGCCCAGAUAUUGGCAAUAAAUUUUUUAAUUAGUUCAUGUCGACGAAAUGAAAAAAGGGGGGAAUAAUAUUUACAGAUUUGCAAGAAUAAUCCUAGCGCGGGUUCCGGCAUGUUCACGCGAAUUUUUGCUCUUCUAUUUCAAGUCUCUGCUCUACCUGCGCCUCUCGGUG